CAUAUAUAUAAACAGUACCUUACUGAAGGUAUGUAGGAAUGGUAUGUCCAUCCAUUCCAAGGGAGCAUCGUGUGUACGUAUGUUUCCCUUUUAGUACAUAUGUAUGCUUCCUUUACAGUACUACGUACGUUGCACUCUGGAAAUUUUGGACCUCUUAUGAUCCUCGGACCUCUUACAAUGGAUCCUAUGAUACAUAUAUAUAAAUAAUACCUUAAGAUACAUACGUAGGAAUGGUAUGUUCCCUUAUUAUUUUUUUCAAAGCUCCGUACGUAUCGUAUCCGUUGCAUUAUGACACCCUUCCAAUAAAAAUYAUCACCACCAUGCUGAUAUUUUUUUUUUGGCGUGCUCUCUCCUCACUACACAACUCUACCAAACAUUGCAUCAACACACGUUUGAACAACAAAUGGACAAUGCAUAUGCACUGUCGAGGAUUGAUGAACUAUGAAAUCUAGAAUCAAUCACUAUGAGGAAGGAGUGAUGUGUGAAUCAAAUGAGUCAAGUCACUAAAUCGAGUGAAUGAAAUGAGUCAUGUCGAUUGUAUGAAUCCAGUGAGAUCAAGUGAGUCAUAUAUGUAUGGUGUGUAUGAACCGUAGAUACAUAUCGUAUGUAUGUGGUGUAUGUAUGGGUCAUACCCAUGGUCUGAUAUCCUACAGACAGCAUGUGUAUCCGUACUUCUGUAUCGUAUGUAGGUAUUCCCAUACUGUAUGUACUUAUCCAUUGCAGUUGCAGUGCAUGCAGUGCACUCUCUGUUUUACAGCAGACUCAAAUUUUUGAUUUCUGGAUUUCUUAGUAAUAGAUGUUGUGACUUUUGAAUGGUGGUCUUUGGCCCAUUCAAAAUUUGCUAAACUUCGAGCUAAAAAUGCUAGAUUUUUGGUCUGUUUGUCUAUCAAAUUUAGCUUUCUAUUUACGGGAAUCACCCAUUUUUAACGUUCGGAAUGACCUGUGCAACGUAGUUUCAAUUGAUCCGCAACACGUGGUAAUGCGUCGCCUGAAGAACAAAGGAUAUUCUGAAAAUCAAAACAUUGAAUUCUAAAAACUUGUAAACAGUGGAAUGCUAAUCUUUUUCCCGCAGAAUGAAUCAAAGUACUCUACUUUACCUACAAUCGGCGAAAACAAAAGUUCGACUGACACCUGUUGCGUCCGGAAGAUUCCAGUAACAUUUAAACGAAAGUUCAAUAGUAUUUACAGUUAUUUAAACAGCAACGUCCUCAGAAGAAUGCAACGUUUCACACUUUGAAAUUGCCACGUAAUACUGUAAUAAGUAUGUGGUACGAGUACGUACUUGUGCAGCAUUGGUUCAUUGCUGACAUACUCGUACUAGGAGUUCCUUCUAUUUUUCGGUUAAGUUGAGACGUGAAGUACACUAUUCAGAUUAUCUAUUCAGAUUAUCUACUACAAGUACCAAGUAAUGUACCGUAUUCGAACUACCAUCAAUUUAUUUUAUUAUUCUUUUUCUGUGGGCAAGGAAUGAACCAAUAAGCACAAGUACCAAAUUAAGCCAGUGAGUUCAGGGCUUCGAAAAUCUUUUUCGUACGGUAUUCUUGUCUCACUUUGUGCAAAAACGCACAGUCUUUUUUAUGGUUUGAGUCUUAAAAUUGGUUCUCAUCUACUUCUGCAACGGAAGUCUGUUACCUCGGACAUGAAUAUCUUGAAGCUUACAGUUCUAAGCCUCUUUUUCCCUGCAUCCUCCAUAGCAUCCAUUUGCACCGGAAAAAAUGCAUCCCCAAACUGGUAUGGCGCAGUUGGCUACCCACCUUAUUUCACUCGUGAUGAGCCCGAGAACUGUCCCCAAAAGUAUUCACUAAGCAGGUGUGAGCAAUCCGCUGUGAUGAAAGACGGGACGUCUAACUUUUCUACUGAUGAUGAUGGUGCUGAAGUGUGCACCCCCAAUGUAGAUUGUUUCCCAACCAAACAGAAUUGCAACGAUACUCUCACCUGCAGUGAUCUUGUCAAGCUCAAGGACGAUCUCAUGGAGGGAGGGUACAACAUAGUUUGCCGCCACGAAAAGACCUUCUGGCAGCAGUACACAGGUGAAGUCAAGAAUUGCCAUCUUAGUGGCGACUGUAUGGAUCCUCAUGUCAAAGCGACGCAACGCCAGCUCCAGCCUUGGGGCUGGGAAAGUGCGAAUGAGUUUGCUACAUCUUUUCGUGAGAUGGGUAUCCCCGUUGGCAAAACCUACUCAUCACCUUUCACGCGCUGCGCUGAACAUGCUGAUCUCUUUUCCGACGAAGCUAAUGAAGAAAGAUUAGAGUUGCUCUACAUGGGUGGGUGGAAGGAAGUCCUUAUGCUUUACAACAUCACUGAGGUUAUCAAGCCCAAUGCACUUAAGUGGCAAGCAUACAACAUUCGAAAUUUUGUCGGAAAGAAACCGGAACCUGGAACGAAUAACAUCAUGGUGACGCAUGGCUUCAAUAUCAAGCUUGGAUUUGGGUUGGCCGUAGACGAAGGCUACUGUAUGGUCCUAAAACCCGAAGAUAGUGAACCAUCAUUAGCAGAAUCCAUUGGUUCUUUGACUGUCGCUAACCAAAUUUUCGAGUACGAAAGUGACUCUUUCCCUGUCGAUGCCAUUGCCCGUAUGUCGCCCGAAUCGGCUCCUCUCAUGCAGACAUGUGACAAUGUGCGUGCAGAUGCUAGAGACAGCGACGAUGAAGAUCUUUUCGCUUUACUGGAUGCCAACCACGACAUGAUGAUCACGAAGGAGGAAUUCACUUCUGCGCUUGGGCCAUUGCCUAAUAGCGAAGACGCUUUUGACUUCAUCCAGUCAGUCUUUGCCCAACCCGAGGUUCUGGGCAAGCCAAAUGAUAACGAGAACGAGCUUUCUUCGAUUCAUCUUGGUCAGUUUUAUCAUAUCAACUGGGGAUGGCGAGAGUUUCUCACCAGCGGUGGGGAUAUCUCGUACCCAUGGAGAUUCGUCCUUGAAAACACGAUUGGACCUAUGGGCCUAAGCUCACCCGAUGAGCGCGUAGCUGCUUUCAAGGAAGCAAAUGUUGUUCUUUCGAAUCUGAUAAUCGCAAUUCUAGACCAGGAGAAAUACCCAAACAAGGCAGCGAUGGAAAAAACCCUCAUCGACUGUGAUACUUCCACCGAGAGCGAGAGUCAAAGUCAGUAUCUCGCUAGUAUUGUAGACAAAAUUUUGCUCGCACAAACUAGUGGCAGUUCGUACAUCCCCGUUGGUGCGGGCGAUGGUGGCGCAGCAGCGUCGUUCGAUGAAUCAAUCUUUGGGACGCCACUGGCAUAUCCAUCUGGGUGGAAACCCAGCUCUGACAUCUACAACAGUAAACCUUUGAAAGUUGCAAUUUGUCUCGCUGUUCAAGAUGAGGUAGGCCGCGAAAUUACUGAUCCCGAGACCGAGAAGCCAACAAAGAAGUCGUCGAAGAAGUCGCCAAAGAACAAUAAAAAGAAUCACAAAAUUUGAUAUCGUAGGUUGUUUACAGUCUACGACUAGAGUGUAAAUCCCGAGUCGGGGAACAGGCAGUUGAAGUUUGUUGAGAUCAGAAAAGAGAUGUUGAAAAGAGAUUUUGUGAGCGAUUGAGAACAAGAAAAAAUUGGAGGAAAAAAAAAUGUAGUAGCAAGAAGGAAUAGUAGUAAAAGUAAUCGGCAAACAUUAUAUUAAAAUAAAAAAAUUUAG